AUGGAAGAAAGGAGCUACUGGGGACCCCACAGCCCACCCUCCUCCUACACAAACCCCACACCCAAGGCAGGAUCCCCCCAUGACCCUCUCGUGGUCCCCGCACAAUCUGGGGAGACGCGGGGCAGCGGGCGCGGAGCUGCCCAGAGAGGGCUCUGGGAACUGGGUGACAGUCGCCGCGCAGGUACGGGACGAGACGCCCGGGUCCCGGCUGCCGGCCCAGCCCUACCGUGGGGCCAAGGGGACCAAGGGCCGAGCUGUCCCAAGGGAAUUCGGGUCCCAAACCCCAGAGUCGCCGCGGGGAGACCCGGGUCCCACCACAGCCGGUUCCGGCCGGUUCCAACCAGCUCCUUCCCAGUCUCGGGAAUCUUGGCCUGCACGCUCACCAUUUCUUGCCUUUCAGGUGACUCCCACGACCAGUGCGGGUCACAGCACAGGCGACAGAAGCUAUGGCAGAGGCACCUGAACCCUCUGGGAGGGGAAAGCCAGGUUCCCAACCUCAGCCCGCCGCCUGGAGGAGAGAGCAAGGCCUUCGCCCUCCCAGAUGGACAGUUGGCAGGGCCCCGCCCGGCGCCCCUGAUUGGACGAGGCGCCGGGCCCCGCCCUCUCAGCAGUUUCUUCCUGAAGGACUUGAAGUCACUUCCUCUACCCAGGUAACGUUUUUCUGCUGACCCCCAAAUUUUACACAAAGUUGUUCUUCCCUAACCAAUUGCAAAUCAGGAAAUCUUUAAAUCUACCUAUGACCUGUAAGCCCCAGCUUUAAAAUAUCCCACCCUUUCAAGCAUAAACCAAUGAGUAAUAUCCAUGUAUUCGUUAUUUUGCCUAUAGCAUCUACAUUCCUAAAACUUACCCCUGCUUCUAAAAAUCCCUGCCUGCAAUCCAGUUGGGGAGGUCAGGAUUUAAGACUAUAUCUGUGUGGUCCUCCUUGAUUGGAACCCUGCAAUAAAAGGCUUUUUCCACAUGACUUCAAACCCCAGUGUAAAUGCCUGGCUUUCCAGGGCAAGGCAACUGGAUCACAAUUCUGUCCUCCACCCCCAGGGCUCUGGUCGCGGCUGGAAAUAGACAGGCUUUCUCCCACAUCUUUCUCAGUUUCAUGUAGGAAAUAAGUAGUUUCCUUUUUUAAAAUCAAAACUGUUUUCUCCUCAGGAUAUAUACCUUCACAGACAGCAUAAAGUUAACUUUUCAGAAUAUGUUUAUCAGCCAGGUCGAGUGGCUCACAGCUGUAAUCCUAGCACUUUUGGAUACUAAGGUGGGAGGACCGCUCACGGCUAGGUGUUCACAACCAGCCUGAGCAAUGGAAUGAGAACCUGUCUCUAUGAAAGGAAUAAAAAAUGAGCUAAGAAUGGUGGUACCUGUCUGUAGUCAUAGCUCCUCAGAAGGCUAAGGCAGGAGGAUAAUUUGAGCCUAAGAGUUCAAGGCUACAGGGAACUAUGAUUGUACCACUGCACUUCAACCUGGGUGACAAAGGGAUACCAUCUCCCAAAACACACACACAC